AUGACUGUGAUGGAGUAUGAGACCGAGUUCAAUCGAAAACUACGAUUUGUACAAAGGUUUUUAAGUACUGAAGACGAUAAGGUCGAGCGUUUUGUGGGUGGGUUACGAAAAGAAAUUCGAAAUUUUCUUGUAAAUCGUGAAGUUCCAAGUUUUGGCAAGGYSGUAGAAUUUGCUCGAAGAUGCGAGCAUGAUCUGUCAAUACCGAAUGAUCCAGUUCCGGCAGCAAAGCGACCAUGCACUGGAAAGACGAUCUCAGUCCCAACACAUCAACCACCCAAGUUCUUAAUGUCAAGACAGGGGCAGAUGCAUAACGCAGCUCGUACUACACCUCAGGCAUACUCUUUACAGUCGAAUGCCCCGAGGAUUUGCCAAARAUGCGGCAAGAAUCAUGCUGGACGAUGCAAUAUUGAACCAUCCAGUGUACGAUGUUUUUGUUGUGGCGAGGUGGGACACGUUCGUACAACUUGUCCGCUAAAGGAGGAAGCAUGCUACUCAUGCGGGGUUCUUGGGCAUAAACAGCGAAACUGCCCAUGA